AUGACAGUAACGAACGGCACAAGUGGUUUGAUUCCUGUCAUAGAUAUUUCAGGAUCACUUCCACAGAAAGAAGUUGCAAAACAGCUUGUCGAUGCUGCUGCCACUUAUGGAUUCGUAUACAUCAAGAACCUGGGAAAAGACAUACCUAUUGAAGCAAUAGACAGCAUCUUCGAUUUGUCAAAAGAAUUCUUCACCUCCCCUUUAGAAGUGAAACAGCCAUGCAAGAUCCAAGAAAAUAACCGAGGAUGGGUCGGCAUGCAUGCUGAGACACUGGAUACCAAGAACCAAAAAAGAGGUGAUUUCAAAGAAGCAAUGAACCUGGGCGAAUUCGUCGACGGCAAAGCUCAACAACCACUUCCUCCAUCCUUUGCAGCUCGAGAAGCAGAAAUCGACCAAUUUCAAAAAUACUGCCAUGGCCUUAUGAUCAAGAUCCUAGUUCUCUUUGCCAUUGGACUAGAAGUAGACCCCUCCUCCGGCGGUCCAGACUGGUUCUCUUCUCGCCAUAUCGGUGCCGGCCCCUCACCUUGUACCCUACGACUGCUCCACUACCCUCCCCUCCCACCAGACUCGGAUUUCCACCCCUCAGUCGACAUCCGUGCCGGCGCUCACACAGACUACGGUUCCAUCACCCUCUUAUUCCAACGACCCGGUCAACCAGGUUUAGAAAUCAUUCCUCCAUCAAGCAUGGACUCCCACAACUACACCAACACCGCCUCUUGGACGCCCGUCCCUGUCUCCCCACCCACAACCACCACCGACCCCUCCCCACCAAUCCUAGUAAACAUCGGCGAUCUCCUCUCCUACUGGACAAACAACCUCUUCAAAUCGACCGUCCACCGCGUAAUCUUCCCCUCCACCAGCUCAACCUACUCCUCACCCGCCACCGACCGCUACAGCAUCGCGUAUUUCGGCCAUCCCCUGGGGAGCACAGUGUUAGAGCCCGUGCCUAGCGAGCGGGUGCAGGAAUUAGCGGGGAAGGGCGAGCAGAAGACCGUCGAGGGGAUGACGGCCGAGGAGCAUUUGAUGAGUCGGUUGAGGGCUACGUAUUUGGGGAUGUAUCGGGAUGGGGAGGGGAAGGAGGAGGUUAGGGAGGUUGUUGCUUCUGCGUGA